AUGAUACAUUCUGGUAGCUAUGUUUUACGGAAUGUUUUAUGGAAGAGGUAUCAAAAUCAUUUUCAGAGGAUAGAAAACAUGGUAUAAUAGUAUUGAAAUAAAUUCUCGAACACUUUGGCGCGACACAUCGUCGAUCUAAUAUGUAAUAUUAUGACAUGUUAUUCAGGUUAUAAAUUCGUCUCGUUGCAACGAGACAGCGCAGGUCGCAGUUACAUAUAGAUAAUUAGCUAAAUUUUUAUCCUAUUUACACGAAUAACAUACGGUCGAUAUUUAUGUUAACGAAAAAUUCAUUUCGCUUUUCCUUCGUCGCACUUAAUAAUUUCAAAAUUUUACAAACAAUUUGCCCUCUCCAUUUCGAUACAGUCAUAUACGUAUAGGAUGAUUAACAGGUUCAUCGUUGUUAUCUGAAACUGCAUAGCAACAGCGUGAUCGCGGCAUCUAAAAACCAUUCCUUAAUCUGUAUCGCUGCACCACCUGAAACAAAUGAAAUAGUAUGAAUUUAUAAAAAUAUAGGAUAUACGUAGAAUAUAUAGAAAGAUACAAUUAGACACUAAUAUAAUCUUAUUAAUAAUUGAUUAAUAGACAGAAAAUUUUUUGUUUUGCAAUCGAUAGUCUCUAGAUGUCGCACGAUAUUUUAAAAUAUUACAUUGUAUUUCCAUGUAUAAGAAAAUUUUAGGUAUAAAAAUUUCUAUUUGAAACUCAAAUAGAGACAUACAUUUGUACACUAUACUAAAAUGUAUGUCUCUAUUUAAGUUUCAAAGUCUCAGUAUAUACAUUUAUACUGUAAUAAAUUAUGUUGUAAAAAACAAUAACAGUUAUUUAAAAAUAAUUUAGGAAAAUGUUUAAAAAAUAAUAUACAUGAGACGCAGUUUUCUAGAUAAUCUUUUACAACGUACAGUUUUGAUAUUGUAAUGUUUUUGCUAUCAUUUAUAGUAGCUUCAAUAAAAUUGAAUAAAAAAAAGGUCUUCUUAUAUUAUAGUCAUUUUACAUUUUAUGCUAAUUUCAAUUAUAAAUGUAUAUUUUCAAUUAUUACUGUUAUGAUUUGAUUACCACACUACAUGGAUUGGAUAGGAAUUAGCAUAUUAAGUUGAUUAUUACCUUGACUUUAUCAACAUGUAAUUAGUUAUCUUUUUAUAUUGUGUGCUAAUGUUUCAUUGUUCACUUUUUGUUUUCUAUUAUGCAGAUUUUCAAUUAGAACAUGUAACAUAAUCUUCUUACUACAUGAAGAUUUACUAUAAAUCUUUGGAAGAAAGAAAUAUACUUAUAGUUUUUGAUGAAAUCAGUUUAAUAUGCAUUUUAUGUGCUCUUUUAUUGAAGUAUCUAUUUCAUUAAUACUUUUUGAAGAUGUUAAUUCCAUGAUUAAUUAGAGAGCCGUGUUAUUUGAACAGGAUAAUGGAAAAGGGAAUGAUGUAAUGAUGUAAAUACAUAUUCAUCUUUCUAUUUAGAUUUUAGCAUUCAUUAAAAUUAUUGCUUAUUAG